GUUUUCAGACGGGGGAACUUAGCAGAGCGGCAGCCACUGAUCUGCUCACCCCGAUCUUGGAAUGGAGAGCUGAAGGGGGCCGUGUGACACGUCUCCAGGACCCCUGGACACGCACAGGACCAGAGGCCUCAGCAGCCUUGGAGCAUGGCAAGUCACAAGCAUCUUGGGAGCCCCGGGUGGACACGACCCAUAUCCCAGGACAUGGCAGGUACCACGCCGAAAGCAUCAGCCCCUCACCCAGACCUCCCACGUCUAGGACCUGAGGACCACUUAGACGCCCAGGGCAGCCCGAGCUCCAACUCCAGCAUGACCACACGGGAGCUUCAGGAGUACUGGCGGACCCAGAAAUGUUGCUGGAAGCACGUCAAACUGCUCUUCGAGAUCACCUCCGCCCGCAUCGAGGAGAGGAAAGUCUCCAAGUUUGUGAUGUACCAGAUCGUGGUCAUCCAGACCGGGAGCUUUGACAGCAACAAAGCCGUCCUGGAACGGCGUUACUCCGACUUCGAGACGCUCCAGAAGAAACUCCUAAAGACUUUCCGGGAAGAGAUCGAAGACGUGGUCUUCCCCAAGAAGCACCUGAUAGGGAACUUCACGGAGGAGAUGAUCUCGGAGCGCAAGCUGGCCCUCAAGGAGUACCUGAGCCUGCUCUACGCCAUCCGCUGCGUGCGCCGCUCGCGCGAGUUCAUCGACUUCCUCACGCGGCCCGAGCUCAAGGAGGCCUUCGGCUGCCUGCGCGCCGGCCAGUACACCAAGGCCCUGGACAUCCUGACGCGCGUCGUGCCGCUGCAGGAGAAGCUCACGGCGCACUGCCCCGCGCUGCUGGUGCCCGCCCUCUGCGCCAAGCUGGUGUGCUACCGCGACCUGGAGCGGCCCGCGGAGGCCUUCGCGGUCGGGGAGCGGGCCCUGCAGUGCCUGCAGGCCCGCGAGGGCCACCGCUACUACACCCCGCUGCUGGACGCCAUGGCCCGCCUGGCCUACCUGCUGGGCAAGGACUUCGUGUCCCUGCAGAAGAGGCUGGAGGAGAGCCAGCUCCGGAAGCCCGCCCUCCGGGGCUUCACCCUGAAGGAACUCACGGUCCAGGAGUACCUGUCCUGAGGCCGCCCGCUGCGGAAGCUGGAGAAGGGGGCUCGCCAUGGCUCAGGGGGCUCAUUGGGGUUGGUUUUGAGCGGGUCGAGCCACUUGGGGCCCUAGCUUGUGGGUGACUUUCACAGGCCCCUCUUCUGCUCCUGUGUUACCCCCCACCCCCGGCCUGCUGUGUUGAACCAAGAUGCUCCGCGGUGUCCUUGAAAACUUC